GCCGCCAUGUCCGGCUCCUCCUCGCAGACCCCUCCUCACCACCAGCCCCCGCAGAGGAUGCGCCGCGGCGCCACCGCGUCCCCCACCGGCGCCGGAGCCCCCGUCGGGAGCAACGGCGGCGUAGGGAGCGGCAGCGCCCCCAGCGGCGGCGCCGGGCCUAGCCGCCUCCUCCAGCCCAUCCGCGCCACCGUCCCUUUCCAGCUCCUGAGGGGCGGCCCGCACAGCCCGACCCGCUCGGCCUCCGCCUCGGUGGGCAGCAACACCGGCCGGGGGGGCGGCGGCGGCGGCAGCCCGCCCCCCGCCAGCCCCACCCCGCCCCUGGGGGCCGCCGCGGCCGCCGCCUCCCCGGAGCCGGGGCGGGGGAAGGGCAGGCCGAGGCGCUCGCCCGACAGCAACGGCCGGCGGAGGAGCACCUCGCCUGAGAGGAGGAGCCCCAGCUCGCCCGUGUAUAGAGUGGACCGGCCCAAAGCCCAGCAGAUUAGAACCUCUAGCACAAUAAGACGAACUUCUUCUUUGGACACAAUAACAGGACCUUACCUCACAGGACAGUGGCCUCGAGAUCCCCACAUACAUUAUCCUUCAUGCAUGAAGGAUAAAUCUACUCAGACACCUAGCUGUUGGGCAGAAGAGAUAUUAGAAAAGAGAUCUCAUCAGCGUUCAGCUUCAUGGGGGAGCGCUGAUCAACUAAAAGAAAUUGCCAAAUUGAGGCAGCAGCUCCAGCGCAGUAAACAGAGUAGUCGUCACAAUAAAGAAAAAGAACGUCAGUCACCUCUCCAUGGCAACCAUAUAGCAAUCAAUCAGACUCAGGCUUCUAUAUCAAGAUCAGUCCCUAUGCCACUGUCAAAUGUUUCAGUGCCAAAAUCAACUGUUUCACGUGUGCCGUGCAAUGUAGAAGGAAUAAGCCCUGAAUUAGAAAAAGUGUUCAUCAGAGAGAACAGUGGAAAGGAAGAGGUGUCCAAGCCUUUGGAUAUUCCUGAUGGUCGAAGAGCACCCCUACCUGCUCACUACCGCAGUAGCAGCACACGCAGCAUCGAUACACAGACACCUUCUGUCCAAGAGCGCAGUAGCAGCUGCAGCAGCCAUUCUCCAUGUGUCUCUCCCUUUUGCCCUCCUGAAUCCCAAGAUGGGAGUCCUUGCUCCACCGAAGACACACUGUAUGACCGUGACAAAGACAGUGGGAGUAGCUCACCGUUGCCCAAGUAUGCUUCGUCUCCCAAACCCAACAACAGCUACAUGUUCAAACGAGAGCCCCCAGAGGGAUGUGAGCGAGUGAAGGUCUUUGAGGAAAUGUCGACUCGUCAGCCUGUCUCAGCCCCUCUCUUUUCAUGCCCUGACAAAAACAAGGUUAAUUUCAUCCCGACCGGAUCAGCUUUCUGUCCUGUAAAACUGCUGGGCCCGUUGCUCCCUGCCUCUGACCUGACUCUGAAGAGCUCUCCGAACUCUGGUCAAAGCACACCCCUGAGCGCUCUGACUGUCGAGCAGCUUUCCUCUCGGGUCUCUUUCUCCUCCCUGUCAGACGACACCAGCACAAUGGACUCUACCGAGGUCUUAGUACCACAGCCAUCCCAGCAGCCGCCACAGCUUUUGCAGGAAGCGCAGUCCGAAGAACACUCCUCCCCUCCGAACUACGUGAUAAUCUAG